AAAGGAGAUGGAUGGAGUUGAUCAAGGACUAUGACUUGAUCAUCGACUAUCAUCCCGGAAAGGCCAAUGUAGUGGCCGAUGCACUGAGCAGGAAAAGUACGUCGGGGACAUUACUCACAUGUCUACGAACUUUGAGGGCACAAGUGGAGGUGUCCACGAGUGGGGUCCUCAUUGCUAGAUUCGAGGUUAGGCCUACAUUGCUGAGUGAGAUCAGUAGAUGUCAGGCCACUGAUGAAGAAUGCCAGAAGAUCCGCGAGAGGAUCCUUGAAGGGCCCGUGGAGAACUUUCGGGUACGUGAUGACGGUCUUUUACUGUUUAAAGACCGUGUAUGCAUACCAAAGAGUGAGGAGCUCCAAAAGUCCAUACUAGAGGAGGCUCAUUCUUCGGCAUAUGCUAUGCAUCCAGGGGGUACUAAAAUGUACCGAGACUUGAAGGAAAGUUACUGGUGGUCGGGUAUGAAGAGAGACAUCGCAGAGUACGUGAGUCGAUGCCUUACUUGCCAACAAGUUAAGGCAGAGCAUCAGCACCCGGCGGGGCUUUUGCAGCCACUGACCAUUCCAGAAUGGAAGUGGGAGCAUGUUACCAUGGACUUCGUGGUGGGGCUACCACGAACAGUGAACAACUACGAUGCAGUAUGGGUAGUGGUUGAUAGGCUCACUAAGAGUGCACACUUUUUACCUAUCAACAUUACAUAUCCUCUUGAAAGAUUGGCAAAGUUAUACACGGAAGAGAUUGUGAGACUACAUGGAGUCCCGAUAUCCAUUGUCUCGGAUAGGGAUCCACGGUUCACAUCUCGAUUUUGGCCCAAGUUUCAAGCAUCUUUGGGUACUAAAUUGAAGUUUAGCACAGCUUUUCAUCCACAGACGGAUGGACAAUCUGAAAGGGUGAUACAGAUAUUGGAAGACAUGCUUAGGGCAUGUGCUCUGGAGUUCCAAGGAAGUUGGGACAAACAUUUGGCCCUAGUCGAGUUCGCCUAUAACAACAGUUAUCAGGCGAGUAUUGGUAUGCCUCCAUACGAGGCCUUGUAUGGGAGGAAAUGCAGAACACCGUUGUGUUGGGACGAGGUUGGCGAGGCCAAGCUCGAAGGGAUUGAACUUGUUGAAAUCACCAAAGCUAAGGUGAAAGUCAUUCAGGAUAGACUCAAGGCUGCCCAAGAUCGGCAGAAGAGUUAUGCCGACAAACGACGCAGGCCAUUGGAGUUCGAGGUCGGUGAUAAGGUCUUCCUAAGGAUUUCUCCUUGGAAGGGUAUCAUCCGAUUUAUAUCGAGGGGAAAACUCAACCCCCGAUACAUUGGUCCGUUCGAAAUCCUUGAAAGGAUUGGGGCCGUGGCAUACCGUCUCAAGUUGACGCCAGAACUUGAGAAGAUACACGACGUGUUUCAUAUAUCGAUGCUCAAGAAAUACGUGAGAGAUCCAUCUCAUAUUCUUGAGAAGCCACCGGUGGAGAUACGUGAAGACCUACAAUAUGCGGUGGAACCGGUACAGAUUGUGGGUCAACAGGUGAAGAAACUGAGGAACAAGGAGAUUCCUAUGGUAAAGGUUCUUUGGAGGAGUGAUCGAGUCGAAGAAGAAACUUGGGAGACUGAGGUCUCAAUGAGGGAGCAAUACCCGUUUCUUUUCGAUUAGACACAUGGAUUUCGGGGACGAAAUCCCAAAUAAGGGGGGGUGAACUUGUAACACCGUCCCCAAAUGUAUUUGCUUUUAAGUGAAUAUUGUAUUUUUAACCUUAUUGAAAUGGUGAACGAAUUUACGAUGUCCCGAAUUUUUAUUAAUUCCUUUGCACAAAUAGUAAAUUCGCACGUGGGGCCCGCACCGGGAGCGGGGGCCGCCUGAUAUUCCCGGGACCACAUGAACUAUUCAUUUUGGUCUAGAUAAUGUUUAUAUGGUGGUGGAUAAUUCAUUGAGCCAUGGAAUGGUCCAGAGUUGACCGAUUGGUCAAAAGAGGCCCAAAUACCGGUAUUGGCAAAUUAACCGAUAAAUGCCCGAAAUUGAAUUUCAGGGACUUAUAAAUUUAAGUUGGGGAAUGAAUAUUCAUUAUAAGGGUCAUGAUGAUGGAGAACACACAAAAUAUUUUAUUUGAACCGAUAAAAUAAAAUAUGUUUAAAACAGUCCGAAAAAAUACAACUUUCGGGACUGAUUGUACACUUUUGGGCAAAAAGGGUUGACCUCCCACAUGGGUGGGGGCCAACCCACGAAUUUUGUCUUGAAAAUGGAGUGGAUGGCCGGCUGGUAGGAUAGGAGUUGAUGGGAGGGGAUUUUUGAGAUGAAAGCUUUGGCAUCAAACAAAAUGAGUUGGACCCAUCUCCACACUCAUUUGUUCAUUGAGACAAAACCACACCCCUCACUCAUCUCUCCCCCCAUUCCUGCGGCCAGCACCCAUCAAGCAAGGACAAGGAGCUCAUCAUCCUCCUUUCUCCAUUGUUGAAGAAAGCUCCACAAGAAAGAAUCCCAAGGGAAGGAACUAAAGUGCUAAAAGUGUGAUAGGAUUAAGGAACUUGGUAUAGAGUAUCUUUGAGCUUCGCCGGAGUUUCGCCGGAGUUGGUCAAAGUUGGCCGGAGUUGGUCAAAGUUCACCGGAAUUAGUCCAAGUUCAACCGCGGAGCGUAGAACACGCUUAAGCUCACUUAAGUUUCAGGUAGAACUUGAAGGUUGCUACCACCGCCCGUCGCUUCGGGAAGAUCAAAGGAGGGAGACGUGGUUCGUGCUUCUUCCGUUCCUGUUUUGAAAACAUUUUGAACAAUGCUCAUGGAUACUAUUUUUUAAAUAUUUGUUUGGGGGCUUGUAUGCCCAUGAUUGCCAAAGUGUGGCAUAAACACUUAUAUUAAAUGUUUCCG